AUCCACACACUUCCAUCUUUUUCGGAUCCCUGUAGCCACCCGUAUUAUCUCGCCGAAAAACCGUUAGUCCAUCCACUCCGACUCAGCCUGCUGAAAUGGCCAAACCGAGAGUCUUCUUCGAUGUUUCUAAUGACGGAAGCCCGAUGGGCCGGAUCGUGAUGGAGCUCCGUGACGAUGUGGUGCCCAAGACAGCUGAGAACUUCCGUGCCCUAUGCACUGGCGAGAAGGGCUUUGGCUACAAGGGCUCCUGCUUCCACCGUGUCAUCCCUAACUUCAUGUGCCAGGGGGGUGACUUCACCAACCACAACGGAACUGGUGGAAAGUCCAUCUAUGGGAACAAGUUUGGUGAUGAGAACUUCACUCUGAAGCACACCGACGCCGGCAUCCUGUCCAUGGCCAACGCUGGACCAAACACCAACGGAUCCCAGUUCUUCAUCUGCACAGCAAAAACAGCAUGGCUCGAUGGUAAGCACGUGGUGUUCGGAAAGGUUGUGGAGGGAAUCGAUGUGGUAGAGGCAAUGGAGAGAAAAGGCAGCCAGAGCGGCAAAGUUCAAGGCAAGCUCACCAUCGCCGACUGCGGGCAGCUCUGAGCUGCAGCACUUAACCCUCUCUGCUCAUCCUGUAGCCACACCCCUGUAGGCUCCAGCCCUGUCCUCCCCAUCCAAUUCAACAUUCCUAUUGAUGGAGAUUCAGCAGAUUCCCCCCCUACCCUGCCCUCCUUUUAUAUUCUGUUAAAAUCAUGUUGUUGCAUUUGUGACUUUGCCUUUAAAGUUUCUUUUGCAUUAACGUUCUUUUUUUUUUUUCACAAAGUCCCAACGCUUUUUUGUUAAGUCAAAAAAUGAAAUGAGAGAAAAUAAAAAUGUUGCCUUGA